AUCACGAGAAGCAACAUGGCAGCCCCCUUGAGACACCACACCGACAACACCACAUAGAGCACAAGCACUGAUAUGCGGGGUUCAUGUUUAUAUUCGUUUACGCCCCGUUUCAAGAGUGACAGGAAAUAACUGAAGUUGUGUAACAGGGAAUAACUGAAGUUGUGGGAGAGAAACAGCGGAGAAAGAAACAAUGGGACCGUGAAUGUAAACUUCAUGAAUGACUGAAAACGAAGAUGUUUCAAAUGAAGAGAAAAAAGCUGGAGAGCAUCCUUGGCGAUGUCGAUGUGUUUCAGAAUCCCAAGUUACGAUUGGAACAAUACCCUACUUGCCCUGAAAUUGCAGCCUCUAUGCUUUUCACCAUUGAGUCAACCUAUGGGGAUAUAACAGGGAAGUGUAUAGCUGACCUGGGGUGUGGCUGUGGUGUUCUGAGUAUUGGGAGUGCACUCAUGAAAUGUGGAUACUGUGUUGGCUUUGAUAUUGAUGAAGAUGCAUUGCAGACAUGUUUGCAGAAUCUUGAUGACAUGAAGAUCACUAACGUUGACUUGGUGCAGUGCGAUGUGCCUCAAUUAUUGACUGACGCCAGGUGGAGCAAGCGGUUUGAUGUGGUUAUUAUGAAUCCACCAUUUGGUACCAACAAUGAAGGUGUUGACAUGCUGUUUUUGAAGACAGGUCUUUCUCUUGCUACAGAUGCUGUUUACUCUUUGCACAAAACUUCAACACGUGAGCACAUUGAGAAGAAGGCAGAGGAUUGGGGCGUGACGAUGAAGGUGGUAGCUAAACUGGUAUACGAUCUGCCACUGUGUUACAAGAACCACAAAAAGAAAUCUGUUGAUAUAGAAGUGGAUUUCAUCAGAUUUUCAUUUAAGAGACAAAGCAGAAAAAGUCUUCUGCCACAAGACGGUGAUCUAACUGAUCAAUCAUAUUGAUGUGAUCUGUGGCAUUUUUAUAAAUUCAUUCAUGACAAGGAGGAAGGUGUAACUAACUCUGAGGGAAGAGGAGCCAAAUAAUACACCAUUGAUAUUAAAUGGCAGAGCACUACUACAAAUCUAACGCUUGACAAUGCUGAAGAAUGCAGUGAAGCUCUGGGUACUGUACUAUGUUUAUGAAGAACAUGACAUUGUGUCAUUUUUAUUUUAAAAAAUUCAACUUGUUUUAGUCUGUACCUGUUUUAAUACUUCCUGUUAAAUAGCUUUAGCAAACCAUUCACUAAUCCUAGUCUUAAGUUUUGAAAAUUUGAAUAUCUCGAGCUAUAUUAACUAUUUCUGAAUCAUGAGAUUUUAUAUUCAAAAAUGUUUUUAUUUAUUUAUUUAUUUUCUAUUUUUAUUUAUUUUUUUUGCUCAGUCGAUAUUUAUUCAUUA